AUGGAUCGUAAAACAAACGAGCUUUCAGCGACAGAAGUCAUGGACGCGUUCAAAACACUAAUCAAGAUAGCUCAACAAGAAUCUUUUUUAAAUCAGGUGCAUAGUAACAAGAGAGAAUCGAUUUUGUUACAUAAGAAGUUGAGUUCUCUCAAUCCAUUCUUUGAUAGCGAGGGCCUUUUACGUGUAGGAGAAAGGCUACAAAACUUGGAAUUUUCUAAUGAUAAAAAGAACCCCAUGAUUUUGUUAGCAAAGCAUCGUUUUACUAAAUUACUUCUCAUAGAAGAGCAUACACGACUAAUGCACGCGCCACCGCAAGCAUUGUUAGCGUCCGUACGGGAAAGAUUUUGGAUAAUAGGUGGUAGAAAUCUCGCAAAGAAGGUUAUUCACGAAUGCAUAAAAUGCUUCAGAAACAAACCGCAGCAAGCACAAGCAAUAAUGGGUGAAUUGCCUAAGUCUCGUGUAACGGUAACCGCACCUUUUCAUGUCACAGGAGUUGAUUACGGUGGUCCUUUUCUGAUAAAGGAUAGAAAGGGCAGAGGUUGCAAAACAAACAAGUGUUACGUGUGCCUAUUCAUAUGUUUUGCCACAAAGGCGAUACAUUUAGAAUUAGUCUCAGAUUUGACCUCGGAAUGCUUCAUUUCAGCGCUCAGACGUUUCGUGUCUAGACGAGGUAAGCCGACUCACGUAUAUUCAGACAACGGUACCAAUUUCGUGGGUGCCAACCGAGAAUUAAAUGAUUUAGCUCAAUUUCUAUUAAAGGAACAAACAGGUCUCAGUGAGUGCAUUAACGACAUAGGGAUAAAUUGGCACUUUAUUCCAGCGUACUCUCCGCAUUUCGGUGGUUUAUGGGAGGCGGGAAUAAAGUCAACUAAACAUCACUUAAAACGGGUGGCAAGCAAUGCAUCGUUAACAUUCGAGGAAUUUUAUACAUUGAUUACACAGGUAGAAGCGAUACUAAAUUCGCGUCCUUUAACUCCCAUGUCGACUGAUCCUAACGAUCUCAUUCCUCUCACUCCUGCUCACUUUCUAAUUGGAAAAACCUUAAAUUCGAUGGCUGAUCCAGAUGUAACACAUCUACCUGAGUCCAGGUUAUCUAGAUGGCAGCUACUUCAAAAACUGCAGGUAAACUCGUAUGAGGUAGACUAUUUUAUGGACUGUGUACUUUCGACUUUAGCUUGA